GCGGCGGCGGCGGCGGCGGCGGCGGCUCCAGCGGAGGUUCCGCGCGCCCCAGUCCUGCCUUCUUGGCGGGAGCCUGAGGCUGAGUGCACAUCCUCAGCCGCACCCAGGCUUCAUCUGUCUUUUCAAGCUCUUCAUGCUACCCAAUUAAAAGAAGAAAAUGGGCACGGGGGAUUUUAUCUGCAUCUCCAUGACCGGAGGGGCGCCCUGGGGGUUCAGACUGCAAGGUGGCAAGGAGCAGCAGCAGCCCUUACAAGUUGCUAAGAUCCGAAGCCAGAGUAAAGCCUCUGGGUCUGGGCUCUGUGAGGGAGAUGAAGUGGUUUCUAUCAACGGCAACCCUUGUGCAGACCUCACGUACCCAGAAGUCAUUAAGCUCAUGGAGAGCAUAACAGACUCUCUCCAAAUGCUCAUCAAAAGACCAUCCAGUGGAAUAAGUGAGACUUUGAUUUCUGAAACUGAAAACAAAAACCAUGAGCAUUUCACCCAUGAGGGGUAUGUGGAAAGUACCACCCUACAGAUUCAACCAGCCACAAAGAGCCAGUAUAGAGAGUUCUACAUCGCCCCAGUCAAGAGUGGAGCUCCCCUAGCUGAGGAUCAAGCAGGCGGCGCUGGUUUUCCUGGGAGCUUGAAAGAAGGAACAGGCCCGGCUCCUCACACCUCUGACUCCGAAAGUGGACGCCUAGCAGAGGAGGUUAUCUUAAAGGAGAAGGCAGAAGUGGGGCGGCCAGGCACUGUGGUUGAGCUACAACUGUCCCUUUCACAAGACAGACACAAAGGCACUGGUGCCCCUGUAGUGGCUCUCCUGGGAGCUGAAAAAUCCAAGUCUCCUGACCUACAUCCUCAUUUACAACAUGACGGGACUGUCCACACAACUUCAGUCCCCACUGGUGAGAAAGGGGACCCUUCUCUGAGGUCCGGCAAGAUAAUCCAGAUCUCCAGUGGCCAAGAAUUGAGAGUGAUCCAAGGAAGUGAAGCAGGAGACUCGGGGCUGCCCCGAGUAGAAGUGAUCUUCGACUGCUCUGACAGGCAGAAGACGGAAGGGUGCAGGCUUCAGGCAGGAAAGGGGUGUGUGGAUUCUCUGGUGGAAGGAGGGCAGUCAGAAGCACCUCCUUCUCUGGUAUCCUUUGCAGUCUCAUCAGAAGGCACAGAGCAGGGAGAAGAUUCACGCUCGGAAAGGGAUCACAGCAGACCUCACAAGCACAGAGCGCGCCACGCACGGCUCAGAAGGAGUGAAAGUCUAUCAGAAAAGCAGGUGAAAGAAGCAAAAUCUAAAUGCAAAAGCAUUGCCCUCCUUCUAACAGAUGCCCCCAACCCCAACUCCAAGGGGGUGUUGAUGUUUAAGAAGCGUCGUCGGAGGGCCAGGAAAUACACCCUAGUCAGCUACGGGACUGGUGAACUUGAGCGAGAGGCAGACGAGGAGGAGGAAGAGGGUGACAAAGAAGAUACAUGUGAAGUAGCAUUUCUGGGUGCAAGUGAAUCAGAGGUGGAUGAAGAGUUAUUGUCUGAUAUUGACGACAACACACAAGUUGUGAACUUUGACUGGGACUCUGGACUAGUGGACAUUGAAAAGAAACUGAACAGAGGGGACAAGAUGGAGAUGUUGCCAGACACCACAGGCAAGGGGGCCCUCAUGUUUGCCAAGAGGAGAGAGAGAAUGGAUCAGAUCACAGCCCAAAAAGAGGAGGAGAGGAUGGGUGGAGUGCCAAGCAGAGAACCAGAUGCUGCCCAGACCGAUGGCCUGAGAGCCAUGACUUCCUACCAAAGGAAGGAAGAAGAAUCAGUGAGAGUGCAGAGCUCCGUGAGCAAAAGCUACAUUGAGGUGAGCCCUAGUCUUGGCCAUGUGCCCCAACAGAAUGGCUUCACUGGGGUGUCUGAGACAGCAGAGGCUCAGAGGAUGAUGCCUAUGAAUAGAACAGCCAAACCCUUCCCAGGGUCUGUGAACCAGCCAACAACCCCUUUCUCCCCAACCCGAAACCUGACAAGUCCCAUCGCUGACUUUCCUGCACCUCCACCUUAUUCUGCAGUCACACCCCCACCUGAAGGCUUCUCCAGAGCAGUGUCAAGUCCGACAGCUGGCCCGGCACAGCCUCCUCCGUGGCCCCAGCCUGCCCCAUGGUCCCAGUCAGCCUUUUAUGAUUCGUCUGAACGAAUAGCCUCCCGGGAUGAAAGGAUCGCAGUGCCAGCAAAAAGAACAGGAAUAUUGCAGGAGGCCAAAAGGAGAAGCACAACAAAACCCAUGUUCACUUUUAAAGAGCCCAAAGUAAGUCCAAAUCCUGAACUCUUGUCACUUCUUCAAAAUUCAGAAGGCAAAAGGGGCACUGGAGCAGGAGGUGAUUCUGGACCCGAAGAAGACUACCUCAGUUUAGGAGCAGAGGCUUGUAAUUUCAUGCAGAGCUCCUCUGCGAAACAAAAGACCCCACCUCCUGUUGCUCCAAAGCCUGCUGUCAAGUCCUCAUCUUCCCAACCAGUAACUCCAGUUUCUCCGGUCUGGUCACCAGGAGUGGCUCCAACCCAACCUCCUGCCUUCCCCACAUCCAACCCAUCACAGGGCACCAUGGUCUCCUCCAUCAAAAUAGCCCAGCCUUCUUAUCCUCCUGCCCGGCCCGCAAGUGCUCUGAACCUGGCUGGUCCCUUCAAAGGACCACAAGCAACGGUAGCCAGCCUGAACUACACUCCCAAGCCAGCAGCUCCCACACCAACAGUAAACACUGCUCAUGCUGGUGCAGUCAGACCAUCCAAUGAGCUUCCGGGAAUGAGUGGGAAAGGAGCCCAGCUCUUCGCUAAAAGGCAGUCGAGGAUGGAGAAGUAUGUGGUGGAUUCGGACACGGUGCAGGCCCACGCUGCCCGUGCUCAGUCUCCCACUCCAUCUCUACCGGCCGGUUGGAAGUACUCCUCCAACGUCCGUGCACCUCCUCCCAUGGCCUACAAUCCUAUCCACUCCCCCUCCUACCCACUGGCCGCAGUCAAGUCUCAGCCGUCAGGCCCACAGGCCUCCAAAACAAGCAAGAAAAAGGGCAAGAAACCCCUCAAUGCUUUGGAUGUCAUGAAGCACCAACCAUAUCAGCUAAAUGCGUCCUUGUUUACUUUCCAACCUCCAGAUGCAAAAGGUGGCCUCCCAACAAAGUCAUCAGUCAAGGUCAGUUCAGUGCCAGCCAUGAAACAAGCUCUUCCUCCUCGGCCAGUGAAUGCUGGCUCGCCCACUAACGUGCAGGCUUCGUCCGUGUACUCAGUACCAGCCUACAGCUCUCAGCCUUCCUUCUUCGCCGAGGCCACCUCACCAGUCAGCGCCUCCCCAGUGCCGGUGGCCAUUCCUACCUCUCCAAAGCGAGAAUCAGCCUCAACAUCUUAUUUUGUGGCACCGAGGCCGAAGUUUUCAGCCAAGAAAAGUGGUGUCACAGUGCAGGAGAUUGAACGCUCUCUUUCUCUUCCCGGAAGACCAGUACCGCCCAUCAUCUCUACAGCAUCUCCUUGGGUAUUUCAGCCUGCUUAUAGCUACUCUAGCAAACCAACUGAUGGGCUAGAGAAAGCAAACAAGAGACUAACUCCUUGGGAAGCAGCAGCCAAGUCUCCUCUUGGUCUAGUGGAUGAUGCCUUUACACCCAGAAACAUCCAGGAAUCCAUUGUGGCAAAUGUGGUCUCCGCAGCUCAGAGGAAGGUGCUUCCAGGGCCGCCAAAAGAGUGGAAUGAAAGACUGGCCUAUGUUCCCCAAACCCAGAAGGCCAAUAUGGGCUCAUUUGGAAGGCAAGAGUAUAAUGUUGCAUCCCUACCCAGUAACAAUAUGCCCACCAACUCCCAAUAUGGUUCACAGGUGCCAUAUGAGUAUUACAGGCAGCCUUCCAGAAAUGAUUCUGAAAUAAUGUCCAUGGAGACUAGGUCUGAUUACUGUCUUUCAGUAGCCAAUUGCAACUAUAACCCACACCCAAGGGGAUGGAGACGCCAAACAUAAAAGUUAAAAGAACUGAUUGUGCCACUUACAAUAAUUUAAAAAAAACGUUUCUUUCCAGUAUUUUUGACUUUUCCAAAAGAUUUAAAUUCACUUUUGAUCUUGGCUUGUUCUCAUAGAUCAUUUAUCCAAGUUUGUGUGUGUGUGAGUGUAUGUGUGUGUAUGUGUGUGUAUGCACAUGUGAGAGUGAAUCACUUCCUUUUCUGCUGAUGCAUAGAGAAUUUGAAGAAAAAUUCAUUUUAUGCAUUGAUGGCACUUAUAUGUAAUUCAUAGUCUUAAUUCCCUUUACUUCAUUAAUAUGAGAUAGUCUAGGCAACUAAACUCUCUCAAUUGAAACUACGUAUUUUCUUGUAUGUGCCUCAGUCUAGGAUAGAAUUAAUGAAAUAGGAUAUGCUAAUUUUCAUCAGCAGUAACAGCAAGGAAUAUAAGAUGGGAGAAGUUUCCAAUGGGAGUAUACCAGUAAAUAAUAAUUCCUUUAAAAAGGAUUUUCAUGCUGUUAUUUUAAGCAUUUCUCUGAAAUACUUUUAAAAAUCUGUAAAAUUCAGAUUUGUUUUUAGACUUGAUAUAUAGACUUCUCAGAAAGAAAGAAAUAUUUGAGAGUAAGACAGUUAUACAUUUCAGAAGGUAAAUGGUGUAAUGUGUAGGGAACAGAAAGGUUUAGGUAUAGGAUUUAUUUUUAAUCUAUUCAAAGUCAGCAGCCUGAGACAGGAAUAGACUCUGGGUUCAGGUGUCCUCAUUUGUCAGAUGAGAAGAUCAGAUUAUUUAAUCUCUUAUAUCAUGAACAGCUCUGAUAUUCUGAGAUUCUCUCAUUAGUAGAAUGACUUUUGAUGCAUUAUUCAUUUUUGUUGCUCAUCACAGAAAUAUGAGAUUAAGGUUAGGGGUGGAUUAGGUCAUUGGUGUCACUUCAUGUAUCAUUAAAGGUCCAAGAAGAAUUGUUGGGCAGUAGGUUUUGUGAUAUGUGUUACGUGGAGUGAGGGUUGAUGUGAAGAAAAAAGCUAUUAGUGGAUUUAAGGAAGUGGUAGAUGGAUGUGUCUGUUAUUAUGCAACUGUAGGUCAUGACCAUUUACUUAGUUAUAGAAAGCAUGCUGCAGAAGCCUAUGCAACAAGUGGUGCUUCUUUAGAAAGCCAUCAUUAGGAUGUUCAAAAGAAGUUAAGCAGUUGCUUGGACAAUUCCAUGACCCAUCCCUUGUUAGCAAGACCGUAAGACAAUUAGUCAAACACCUGCUCCUCACUGCCAUACCCCCAAAGUACUAAAUACAAGGAAGUUCAAAGUAUUUUACAUUAUAAGUGAGUAUUGAGAAUAUUUUAAAAUAAAAACACCUUGAGUAUUCACAACUUUCUUAGGUUUUAAAAUAUUUUGCUUUGUUUUACUUUUUAACUCUUGAAUUUAUCACUAUCAUGGUCUCUUUCACAGAUUAAAAUUUUAAAAAAUUGCCAAGAUACAAGUAAUCCCUUGGAAACAAGAAAAUAAAAAGCUGAAGAAAUCACAGUAAGUUGUAUUAGUAAUGGAAUCACCCAGAUACUAGCUUGUUUAGCUACUGAGAAAAGAAAAGAUGAGUACUUUCUAAGGUUAUAUUGCUAAAUUAUCUUAAAUUGAUAUAGCAAUAAUUCUCUCAAAUUGUAAGAUAUAAUAAUUGAUUCCUAAAGACUUUCUAAAAAAAAUAAUGCCUGGUAUUUCAUUAUUCUCUUAGGAAUUCUCAGAAAUCCCCCACAUAAAAUACUUACUUGUUUCAAACUUUAUUAUAGUGGUCCAAUCAUUCUGGUGUCAAUGUUUUAAGAUAUGGGGGGUUUAGCAGGAAGAUUUGUGAGCCAGGAUCAUAUCCUGUUAUGUUGUUUUAUUUUUAUAAAUGCUAGAAGUUACUUCCUUUUAUCCUUACAUUUUAGAUACUGCAAUUCUAGAAAUUGAUAUGCAUUAUAUUGUUCAUUAAAACUUUCACUAGACCAAAAAUAGAGAGAAACAGACAUUUCAAACUUAAAGAUUAUUAUUAUUAAACAGCCAUCCCCCUCUUUGCAUGCACUAGAUCAAAAUAAUCAUUGUAUUAAGCUAUCUGAAUUUAUUCUAGGCACCAAGAAAAAGACAAUACAUGGCAGGAAAGUUGUACAUUUUUCAUUCACAAGGAAAUGAAUGUCAUAUUUUUAUUAGAAAUCAAUGAUUCAAGAAGUCAUAUUUUGCAGAUAUAAUUCUGAAAAGCAAAAGUGUCAUUGUCAAAUCAUCACAAAAUGUAUGGGUAAUUAUCUCCAGUUUACUUGAAAAGGAGUAAAGUUAGAUUGCUAACAUUCAAGCUAAUGUUUGAGCUAAUUCUGCCACGCUGAUACCGGAUUCCUAUUGAGAAUACUUAGAGAACUACUGUUCUCACAAAAAUAUGAUGUUUGUCUUGUAUUCCAAAUAAUAGCCUUUUGAGAGAAGAGCUGUUGCUUUGUAAAUGUAUACCACAUGUGUUGUGAGGCAUUUUUCUACUAGUAGCAAUCACAUAGGUAGAAAGAGUUCUGUUCUACCAUGGAUUAAAAACACUCUCUAAAAGUACACUAAUUUGGUAACUUUUUUCCAUCUUGAGUUUAAAUACUGUAUCAUUGCAUGUGUGUGAAGUGUCCAUUUUUAAGAUGAUUUAAAUACUGUCUUAUAUUUUGAGUUUGAUUAUUGCACAAUUCUAGUCAAUUUAUCUUUGAAUAUGUCUCUUUUACAUUUUGGCCCCAUCACUCACAUUAGAAAGGGCCACACUUUUAGGGGUCAAGCACAUAUAUAUACUAAUGAGUUGAAACUUUAGAUGAAAAAUUACAGCAAAUAGUCUCAGUUAUUAUAAUUAGAGAGGAACCGAAGAAAUGUUUGUUUUUAAUAGAAAGUAGAUUUUCACAUUGAUUUCUAUUCAAAGUAGAAGUAUCUAUACUGUCCACAUUUUUCUAUUAAAAUAGACUAUGUUCUCCUGCUAACUAGUUUAACAUUUCCACCUUUGUUUAUCCCAAAAGACUGUAUUUGAAAGAUGCAUACUGAAAAUCAAAAUUGUGUUAGUAAUAAAAAUUAACUUGCAAAUCAA